CUUCAGCUGUCGCCACCAGGAGACGAUCGUGCACUUCCAGGUGCUGCGGCUGGCCGACAGCUUCCUCCUCUGGGCGGCCGACGCGCCCUGCUUCAAGCAGCUGGCCGUGGCGAUGCGCUCGCCCGUCUCGCCGGCCCCGGUCGCCUCGCUGCUGCUGAACAAGGCGGGACUCGGCGCCAGCGACAAACUGGCCGCCAAGCUGGCGCAGCGCACCGGCAAGCAAGUGUUUGUCAGCUGUAACGUCAACCUGGACGACGCGGCGCUGCGCCAGGCGGUCGAGGCGCGUAUCGUGGAGGAGCUCAAGGAGCAUCCGGACAAGUUCUGAGGAAGACCAGCUGGGAGUGGGAGUGGGGGACACGGCGGCCGGUGAGGACGGCGUUCACGUGAGCUGCCUGUCGUGGUGGCUCUGUUGUGAUCGUGACUGCCGCUGUUGGUCGUCUCGGCACCUUGUGGCCGGACUGUGGAGUGCUGGAAGCCGCCAUGCAUGAGGGGGACGGCAGCGGCCCGUGUGCCGGUCUCCAGAGGAGUGCUGGUAUGGAAGACAGGGCGCGACAGAGGCGCCGUCUGGAGGGGGAGAGCAGGCGACGCCACCGUCGCGCCGCGGCGCUCGACCUCGACCGACCCGGAGUCGCCGAGGUCGCCCAACAGGGUCUGGUGCCCUCUGUGAGUGAGCUGCUGACGCUGAGUGGUCCGGACGGUCCGCCGCUGACCCCGGACACCCUGCGGCGGAUCGGCCGAGGUCUAGCGCAGAGCGCGGCGGCGCGCGCGGCCUGGACGGCGGCGCCGGACGGGCGGCGCCGCCUGCAGCGGCUUCUGGCCCCACUGACGGGUGAUGAUCCGGACGCUCAGCUGGAGGCGGCCGCCUGCCUGACGAACGUGGCGGCCGGCCCGGUGUCGCUCGAGGUGGCCCAGAUGGUCGGCAGCUACCUGGUCACACUGUCGGCCAGCGCCAGCCCGCUGCUCCAGGACCAGUGCAUCUGGGCUCUGGGGAACAUGGCUGCCUCCGGUACCGAAACGUGCGCCUUGCUGGCCGCACAAGGCAUGACCGCUGCUGCCAUCUCGUGUUUGAAGUCGAUACACAAAGUUGUUCGAGAGUCCGCCGCUGCAGCCAUCGCAGUGUUUUUGACGCAUGCCUCCGAGGAAAGUGCAAGCCGACUGGCGCCGGACCUGCUGCCGCUACUGAGCCAGCUGCUGGCGUUGGACACCCUCCAGCCAAGCCUCAUGAACCACGUGAGCCCCGUCUGUAUCAAUCUGCUGUAG